AUGAAAGGCAUGACUAUGCAGGAGAAGCCAACCAGACUCUUGGUGUACGAACUUGCUAUAUCAAAAUUUGUCAUCCUUGCACCAGGACCGUUGGUGGACGGACCGUUUAAUCCAACCCAUGACCCUUACACUUAUUCAGCUGUUGGUUCUUGGGCAUGUUGCUCACUGCUAGUGACUCUGCGAUGUGACCGGCCAAGACGACAUGUUAUGCACUCCUAUGACACCUGA